AUGUGUUGCUACUGUUGCGGCUGGAUGUCCUUACGGAUUCGUGCUGCACUCUUGUUCGGGAUUCCUCUUGUGUAUGGCUCUGUGUUGCUGGCUCUCGUCGUAUGGCUGCCACUCCCCUUCGACACAAGCCCGAUCCUUUCUGUGUCCUGUGUUUCCUACGCCUGUCUCAAUCUUCUUACGGGAUGCGUGGGGGAACUCGGAGUUCUUCGACGGAUAGAAGCGGCCCUUAGGGCCACGCUAGUGCUCCUUAUUAUGGAAAAUGUAAUCAUGCUCUUCCUUUCGGGGUUCCUGUGCGGCUUCGCGGUGUAUCGACACAUGAAGCCUGGGAAAGUGGACCCCUAUGCUCAUACUUGGGUCUCUCUUUGGCUUCCUCCUGCGGCAAGAGUGGUUCUGUGCGUCGUCCUUUUCCUGCUUUCUCUGAUUUCUCUCUGCUCUCUCUGGGUAGUGGCGGAGUAUCAAGCCGAGGUCGAUGCGGAGGCCUUCCUGAAGGAUGCUCAAACGCUGAAGCAAAGAGAACGGCUGGCUCUUUUGCAUGAGUACAAAGAACCUCUUGGCGCAACCAUAGAAAAGUCUUCAGGGGCCUCUGAGGAGGAGGUCCAAAACACAGGGGAACCUCAGGGACCUGGUAGAAAGCCACAAAAGGAAGGCGGCUCUGUUACUAUAGCAAUGCCAGAUCACAUAGACCCCUAA